UCAAGUUAUAAGAGCUAGUUAGAAACAGGCCUAAGCUAAGGCCGAGCUUUCAUAAUCUCUGUGUCUUUUUUUUUUUUCUUGUGAGCUGGUGACCCAAAGCAAAGUCCAGCUACGCAGGGCUACAAAGAGAAACUCUGUCUCGAAAAACCAAAUCAAUCAAUCAAUAAACAAAUAAAUAAAUAAAUCUUAAGGGGGGGGGCUUGAGAGACAGCUCAGUCAUUAAGAGUCCUUGCUGCUCUUACAGGAGAGUUCAGUUCUCAGCACCCACAUCAUAUGGCUCACAGCUGACUGAAACUCCAGUUCCAGGAGGAUCUAACACUCUUCUGGUCCCCAAGGCCACACGUAAACAUACACACAUACACACACAAGGGUAUCUGAACAUAAGUAUGCAUAUGCACAUAUACACACACACAUUUAAAAAUUAUAAAUUAUAAAGAGUUCCAAGUCAACCAAAACUGUACAGCUAAACCCUGUUUCAAAAGGCAGAGAGGGGGCUGGAUAGCUUAGUGGUUAAGAGCACUGCCUAUUCUUCCAGAGGACCCAGAUUCAAUUCCCAGCACCCACAUGACAGCUCACAACCAUCCAUAGGUAGCUCCAGUCCCAGAGGAUUGAACUCCCUUCUGACCUCCAUGGACUCCUGCACACACACAAUGCACAGACAUAUACUCGGGUGCACACCAUACACAUGACAUUAAAUGAAUAUUUUUUAAGAUUUAUUUAUUUAUUAUGUAUAUAGUGUUCUGCCUGCAUGCCAGAAGAGGGCACCAGAUCUCAUUAUAGAUGGUUGCCAGCCACUAUGUGGUUGCUGGGAAUUGAAUUUGGGUCCUCUGGAAGAGCAACCAGUGCUCUUAAUUGCUGAGCCAUCUCUCCAGCCCCAAUGAAUAAAUAUUUUUUAAAGAAAAAGGUGUAGCAUCUUGAAAAUAUGUGGGGUAUUUCUAGAAUUAGAGUGAAUAAACACUGACUCACAGCUUGACCUCUAUUUCCCUCAUUGUGCCUAAAAACUCCCCAGACUGGCAAAGCAUGAUAAAAAUAAUAAUAAAACUCAGGUUCUUCAUCUUCUCAGUCUCAACUUGAGCUUGGUUUGACAUGUAUCUGUUCACCAACCAGGGAAGACGAUACCCCUGAGGAAGUACAAACAGGUAGAAAAGCUGACCCGUCCAUGUGGCCUGUCACUCAUUCCAGGCUGGGGUGAGAUCAACCCACGGGUAACCCUGGAUAUUCCUCAGCUGCUGGUUAUAGGGGGGCAAAGUUACAUAAAUUAUGCGCUACAUAAAUGGGAGUCCUUUUGGCGCCAUGACAGACUGAAACUGAAACAGCUUAGGACAAGACAAAUUUAACAGCUGUGGAGGUGGCAGUCUGAAAUGGGUCCUACUGGCUAAUAGGACUGUGUUUCCUUCUGCUGGCUUCUGCGGUUGAGUCUCGUCUCACUCUUUCUAGUGGGUGAAGUCUUUUCUGGAUGGCAUCAGUAUGACUGACCUCCCUCUUCCAUGUUUGAAGUCCUUAUAAUUACACUGGGUUCACAUGUAAUCCAGAAUACUCUAUGGUGGUAUUUUAUUUGUACUGAAAUGUGAUUUUAAUUGUAUGUUAAUAAAUAAAGUUGCCCGGGGGUCAGAGCUAUUAGAGCCAUAGCAAAAGCCGGUUGUGGUGGUACACACCUUUAAUCCCAGCAUUUGGUAGGCAGAGCUAGGUAGAUCUCCAAUGCUGGCUGUAUCCUUGACCACACAGAGAUUAUUAUUUUAUUCGUGUUGUAAGUUUGCUUGCAAGAAUUUGUGCGAUACAUGCAUGAAGGAAUCCUUAGAGGUCAGAUUCCUAACCCUGGAGUUGCAGGCGGCUGUGAGCCACCAUGUAGGUGCUGGGACUUUAUUAAAAAGGGAUGGGGUGUUCAAUGUUCUGAGGCGCGCAUCUGUGCGCUCAGGCCACUGCCCCCACCUUGGAGUCACUGGGCCCUAGUUUCUAUUCCCGCAGACUGGCCGGCUCCUAGUCAGCUCAAGGAGUUUCUCUUUGCCUAGUAACAGGGAGGUGUGGCUGUGGCAGGCAUGGAAGGGGAAAACACAACUGAAAAGCAGUGGAGAGAAGCUCCGUUCUGGACUGUUCUGACUCUGCCAAAGGUUGGAGAGCAAUCCCACUAGGGAUUGCUGAAGGAGGCAAGUCUGGACCCAGUAAAAAUGCUCGCCGCCUGAGGUUCAGGCCAUGUACUCCUACGUCUGCCUGCCGCCCGGGGAGGGCGUCUGGCCUCGGCUGCAGACCCUUGCCUACACCUACCUGCCCGCCCCUCUGCUGCUGCCGCCCAUCCAGACCCACAACUUCUGCAGCCGCCCGGCCCCGCGUGAAUUCCACUGCUUCCAUGGUGCGGGUGCGGCGCUGGCCUCGACACCGCCCUGGUGGGCCUUCCCGCCGCCGGGUGCCGCGACCCUCGGCUCCUCGUUCCCCGCGGCCGGCGCGCUUGCACCAUCCCAGCCUGCGCCCGAGGGCGAGCGCUGGGUGCCGUGGCCCGAGGGCAGCAGCCUGCAGCUGCAGCUGCGCUGGGGACGCGUGGAGCGCACCCGGGGGCCGCCCCUGCCGCUGCCAGCUGCGGUGCGCCGCCAGCUGCGGCGCGUGUACGGCACCUACCCACGCACCGACGUGCGCGUCACCCAGCGCGGCGGCCAGUUCCUGCUGCGGGCCGCGCCGCGCGUGGGCGAGCCCGAAUACCGCGUGGCGCGGCGCGUGCUACGCCGGCCGGCUGGUGGCGGCGAUGGGGACAGCGGGGACAGCCGGGCCGCUCCGGAGGCGGUGCAGGGUAACCGCCCCAAGAAGAAGCAAGGUCUGCGCUGAGCUCCUCACCGCGCCUGCGCGCCUGCCUGUCCCCCUCCACCCUCCAGCCCCCGCUCUUCUGUCCCUGCACUAUGAUUUGUUUUGAGUUAUUGCUAGACGGUGCGGGAAAGGAGAGAAGGGGUUUCCGUCCAGAGGGUCUUGGGGUGAAAGCAGCACCUGGCUGCUUCUCCUCUCCCUCCUUAGCAGUCUGUGUGGGCCCCACUUCCUCUCUCCCUUGCGCUGCAACACCCCUCUCCCCAGCUUGGAAGGGGAAGUAAAGAAGCGAGUGAAGUCCAGUG